CACUCGGGUGACUGUUUCCUCCGAACGCAGCCAAUAAAGAUGCGGCUUGGAUUCGCCUAGCUCGUUCUCCACAAUCUCCAUCCGCGCGCAAUCCCGAAACCCGACGCAUGACGACUCCAUUUUGAGCUUACUCGUAAAUACUCGUGCGCGAAGCAGGUAUUUUUUCCGGGAUCCGAUUGUUGGAAGUUGUACCGCCCUCGGAAAUGCUCACGAGGUAUAUCGGGAGGCUGCACCCGCUUAAGGCGGACGUCGUCAAGCGCGGUGCGCACAAAUGCACGUCAAUUUUAGAUACGGCGUCGAGCGAGGCGAUUGGGAAGCCUGCCAAAGUACAGGGCUGGGUACGAGCGCUGCGGAAAAUGAAGGACAACGUCUUCGUCGACAUAUCCGACGGAUCAACGUGCGAAAUGUUACAAGUUGUUAUGCCGAAGGCGAUCAAGCCCGACGAGCUGCGUUACGGCAGUAGCGUCAGAGUGAAAGGAGAGCUGACCUCCGCACCUAACGGCAAAAUGGAGCUGCGCGCGACCGAGGUACGCGUGAUCGGCGCGUGCAACGUAUCCGAGGAUGGAUAUCCCUUCGCGCCGAGAAAGAAAUACGAUCCGGACUAUAUCAGGCAGUAUUUGCACUUGAGGCCGAGAACGCGUGGCUUCUCUAGCUUGCUGAGACUGCGCGAUCUCGCCAGCGCGGUAAUCGGCGAUUAUCUGAGGGAUAGGGGCUUUGUAAGCGUGCACACGCCGAUGUUGACGUCCAACGAUUGCGAGGGCGCGGGCGAGGUGUUUGUCGUCAGGCCGCAGUCCAAAGAGGUCGUAGAAAGUAUGAGGAAGGAGGGUCAAACCGAGGACGAGAUUUACUUCGACACCGCCGCCUUCCUCACUGUCUCCGGACAGUUGCAUCUGGAGGCGGUAGCAAGAGCCCUCACAAAAGUGUACACUUUCGGACCUACGUUCAGGGCAGAAAAUUCAAAGUCCAGAUUGCAUUUAUCCGAGUUUUACAUGUUAGAGGCAGAGCUAGCGUUUCUCACGUCUAUCGAGGAUUUGAUGGAGGAAGUUGAGCUUUUAGUGAAGCGAGUUACCGAGCGAAUGAUUGAGAAGGGCGCCUCGGAUCUGCGUGCGAUCGGUGCCCUAGACCCGCAAUGGUUGAACAAAACAUUUGCAUGUUUAACGUACGAAGAUGCGCUUAACGUGUUAAAUGAUAACGCGAGUCAAUUGCAACGACCCCUCAAGUAUGGAGAGGCAUUCACGAAAGAGCACGAACUGUUUUUAGUGCAGCAUAAUGACGGGGUGCCAGUGUUCGUUGUUAACUGGCCGAAAGAAAUUAAGCCAUUUUACAUGAAAGAAUGCGCGGACGAUGCAUCAAAGGUAGCAGCACUGGACCUGCUGGUGCCAGGUGUGGGAGAAUUAGUAGGAGGCAGUAUGCGUGAGGAUGAUUACGAGAAAUUAGAGCUGAAACUACCUCCCACGGGGAAUCUCUCGUGGUAUUUAGAUUUACGUAAAUAUGGGAAUGUACCAACAGGUGGCUAUGGAAUGGGUUUUGACAGGUUCUUGCAAUGCGUCUUGGGGAUCGGCAAUAUCAAGGACACCGUGCCUUUCCCCAGAUGGCCGCACAAUUGCAAUUUAUGAAUAAAGUUUUCAGGGUUGUUGUAUCAUUUAAUCUCUCCCCCCCUAACAAAAAGAAAUGCAUAUUGAUGCAACAGAUUAAGCCAUCUCCCCAAUGGAAAAACAAUGUCGCAUAUAAUUCAUAUAAGAAAUCUUUUCUUAAAUUAUUGGAAUGUGCAUUUCAGGUUUCUUGAGAUGGAUACGAUUGCAACCUGAUCGAAUAACUUUCAAAAUUUUUUCGGGAUAAAGUUUCAAUGAGUUACACAAGGGUUCCAUUUUGAAUGCAGUUUAUUGAAUAUUGAGACAUACAACGAAAAUAUUAACUUUUUAUCAAUGUCUUUAUUGUUUCAAGUAUUCCUAGUUAUGAAUUCAAAUCCGUACCCUAAGUAGCAUCGAAUCUAUAAUUAUAAAGGAUAUAGUAGAAAGGUUAAUUAAAAAGAAAGUCAAACCUGUAAUAAACAAGUCUUCUUUUAUACAACAAAAUAAUGCAUAUCUAAUUGCGGUAGUCCUCGUCAUUCUCGUCGUCGUCAUUGUUUUUCCGUUGAUAGUUUAUAUGUAUAUU